AUGGCCACAACGUCCCAUCCCCCCCUGACCCCAUUUGGCUCAGCUCUGGCAGGCGCACUGGGAUCAGUCUUUGCAAACUCCCUGGUGUACCCCCUAGACAUCGCAAAGACCCGUCUCCAGGCCAUUGACGACCCCCUAGCCGACCUUGAGCCUGACGCAGAACCCGACCCUGCGGCCACCCCAUUCGAGGAGAAGACCCAGGAAUGGGGAAUGUUGACGAUGUUGUUGAGGAUUGUGCACACUGAGGGAUGGAAGGGAGCUUUCCAUGGAUUUGGGGCGAGUAUGAUCGGGACAUUCUCCAUGCAGUUUGCCUACUUCUUCUUCCACACAUUCCUUCGAAAGACUUAUUUGGCUCGCCUCUCCUCCUCUACCGCUCACCUUUCGACAUCUACCGAGCUUCUCCUCGGCGCCCUCGCCGGUGCUCUCGCACAGGUAUUCACCAUCCCCGUUGCGGUCAUCGCUACUCGUCAGCAAUUAUGGGAACCUCCUUCCCAGCCUGCCAUCUCUGACAAGCAGGCGUGGCAAGACGACAGUCCGAGCUUGCUUGAUACUGCCCGAGAGGUCAUCCAGGAAUCGGGAAUCACGGGGCUGUGGACGGGACUCAAGCCUUCGCUGGUCCUCACCGUGAACCCGGCAAUCACUUAUGGUGUAUUUGAAAGGUUAAAGACCUGGAGGCUGGCAGCGAAUGCCAAGGCUGGGAGGGGCGGGCCCAAGUUGAGUGCCGCGGAAAGCUUUUGGCUUGGAGCGGCGAGCAAGACGUUGGCCACUGUUGUCACCUAUCCCUACAUCUUUGCCAAGGUGAGGUUGCAGGCCAAGAGCGUCGAGACGGUCCCCCUCGCCAAAGAGAUCCAGAAGGGUGUCGCGCCCUCGUACGCAGACAUGGCCAAGAGCUCCCCCUCUGAAGGUUCUACCGUGCUUGUGGAACACCCUACGUCCCCUUCCCAAGUAGAAGAAGGCGAGAAUCAAGCUAUCAAACCCAUCGAGGCAGUACGGGAGAUUGAGGCCGAGCAUCCCCAUCCACACCCCCCUGCACACCAUUACAGGGCUGCUAUCCCACUUUUGAAGGCAGUCUAUGCCGAGAAAGGUAUCAAGGGACUGUACCAAGGCUUGGGUCCUCAGAUAUUCAAAGCUGUUCUUUGUCAAGGAAUUCUUUUCGUGUCCAAGGACCAUUUCGAGAGCUACGCUUGGAUGUUGAUCGUUUUGUUCUCCCAGCUUAGAGUCAAAGUAGGUAGUAGUAAGAGAUAG